AAAAGUCAGAACAAGAAGAACUUGAAUUACUUAUAUCAUAUAUCUAAUGAUUAGUAAUGAAGUAUUUUCAUCAAAUACAUCUAUUAUACUUAAAAUAGCUAAGAAUAAUGCUAUUAUUUCUAGUUUUUGAUGAAAAGUACUCGAAUAUUUGGGUAACUCAUUAAAUGUUAUGUAAGGGUUACAAACUUGAAGAGAUAAAGAAAUGAAGAAAAAAAAAUGAGAAAAUAAAUGAAUCUGUAAAAGUUAUAGGAGAAUUAAAGAUAUUUUGGUUUAAAACACGUAUGAUAA